AUGGCGACUCAUACCGAAGUCAUCACGCCCUCGUCCUCUCGCACUACCCCUGCCCAAGUGCGCCGCCGUUCCUCCUCUCACUCGGUCCAGAAGAAGCCCUGGCAGCAUGCCCAUCGAUCGUCCUUUCACUCGACCCAGUCCCGACCGGACCCUGAAGAGAUUCAACGCCUUUCAGAGCACAUUUCGAGACAAACCACUCGGUCUUCGCACCGUCGCGACCCCAAAUGGUACAAGAUUCGUUGGUUCAAGGGCAUGAUUGACGACGUCAAGAGACGGGCGCCGUACUACUGGAGUGAUUGGAAGGAUGCUUGGGAUUAUAGAGUCAUCCCUGCCACCGUAUACAUGUACUUUGCCAACAUCCUGCCGGCAUUGGCAUUCUCCCUCGACAUGUUCACAAAGACCCACAACUCGUACGGCGUCAACGAAGUCCUGCUGUCGUCGGUCAUGGCCUGUGUGGUUUUCUCCCUUUUCGCCGCUCAGCCACUCGUCAUCGUGGGCGUCACUGGUCCCAUCACCGUCUUCUCUUAUACGGUGUACGACAUCGUCGUCCCCCAGGGCACCAACUUCUUCGCCUUCAUGGCCUGGAUCGGCAUCUGGUCGCUGAUUAUGCAUUGGUUGCUGGCCAUCACCAACAGUUGCAACGCAUUAACCUACGUUACGCGGUUCAGCUGUGAUACCUUUGGGUUCUACGUUGCUUUCAUCUAUCUGCAAAAGGGCAUCCAAGUCCUGACGAGACAGUGGGGGUUGGCCGGUGAAACAAGUGCCUAUCUGUCCAUCAUGGUUAGUCUGCUCGUCUUGGGGUUUGCAUACGGCUGUGGUGUCCUGGGCGAAAGCAACCUGCUGCAACGGCAUGUGCGGAAGUUUAUCGAGGACUAUGGCACUCCGCUGACAAUCGUCUCCUUCACUGGGUUCGUCCAUAUCGGCCAUAUGAAGAACGUCCAUGUCGAGACACUACCGACAAGCAAGUCGUUCCACCCGACUGUUGACCGAGGCUGGUUCGUCCAUUUUUGGGAUAUCAGUGUGGGAGAGGUCUUCCUGGCAAUUCCCUUUGCGAUCCUGCUGACAAUUCUGUUUUGGUUUGAUCAUAACGUGUCGUCUCUCAUUGCUCAGGGGACGGAAUUUCCUCUCCGUAAACCACCAGGUUUCCAUUGGGAUAUUUUCCUCUUGGGUCUCACCACGGGCAUCGCCGGACUUCUGGGCAUCCCUUUCCCCAAUGGCCUCAUCCCUCAGGCGCCAUUUCAUACAAACGCCCUUUGCGUUACAAGGCAAGUUGUCGACGAGAAGGCGAGAGGCCAUAUUGUCCGAGUCACGGAUCACGUCGUUGAACAGCGCUUCAGCAACCUUGCACAGGGGCUGUUGUUCCUGGUCACAAUGAGCGGUCCACUACUGGUCGUCCUCCAUCUCAUCCCACAGGGUGUGCUGGCCGGUUUGUUCUUCGUCAUGGGUGCCCAAGCCCUCGUGGGCAACGGCAUCACUCAAAAGUUGCUCUUCCUUGCCCGGGACAAAGAGUUGACGGAUGCGACGGAUCCAUUGGCAAGAAUCGAGCGUCGUGUCGCCAUAUGGGCCUUCGUGGCCUGUGAACUAGUCGGCUUUGGCGCCACCUUUGCUAUAUCCCAAACCAUUGCCGCGAUCGGAUUCCCCGUCAUCAUUCUCCUCCUCAUCCCCUUCCGCACUUGGCUCAUGCCGAAGUGGUUCCGGGAGGAAGAACUCCGAGCCCUCGACGCUCCCACGGCCGGCGCCUUCGUCAUGGAGAGCGUCGGCGGCGCGUACGGGGAAAGCGAAGAGAGCACGCCGACCGCCGGAGGGACGCCGCCGGACGAGAACGACGAAAUCGCCGUCGUGGAUGAUACCUUGGAGAGGGGUGAGAGUCACGAACUCCAGAGCGUUCUGGCCAACAAGAGAUCUCCGGAUGGAGGUAGUAUCGCGACGAGGCGGACAGGGAGUCACAGCGACACGCAGCGGCCCGACGUGGGCAUGAGGAAGAGGAGUCGAAGUUCGCUGAACAGGCGGGGAGGAUAG